CAUAAAUCAAUUGCUCACUCAGCAUCCAUCUCGAAAAUGUCAUGUGAGCCGUGACAAGACGUUGGUACGGUACUCAUAUUUGCAAAAAAAAAAAAAAAAAAAAAGAGUGCCAAGGGAGGCAAGGACUCGACUGACACAUCUUCCGCAGGUCCUACGCGUAACCUGACAAUAAUAUGCAGCAGAUUUGAAUCUGUCGAGACUUGCAUUACACGUGCCUGGCUGGAGCUGCAUAUCGGUCGGCGUUUAUUUUAUUUUAUUUUAUUUAUUUAUUUGUUUUUAUUAUUUUUCCCUGCCAUAAGUACCUGCGAUUGACUUGUUGGUUCAGUUUGUGCGGCGUUUCUGCACCUGGCUUAAGGCUGAGCUAAAGUGUUGGUUGAUUUCUUCAACCGCUAGAUCCCACAUUCGAUUCGACAAAUUUCUUGAUAUGCCGGUACUGUAGUACUAGCAGCACUACCAAACAGCACUUGUUUUACUGUCCAAUAGACUGCAACAGAGCCAACCGUCGACAGCAAACCAAGAUGUUGGGCACGUCCCUUAGCGAACUGAUCUUCAUCCGCAUAAGCGUCUUUUUGCUGCGAUUCUCGAUUCCUUGCUCCUUCACCCUCUUGAUCAUCACAUACGCCUUUACUGGCGUUUCGCCUUUGGGGAUAUGGGGAUCUUCCACUUCCACUGGGAACACGGCGACUGCCUUGACUUCGCCCAGUCUCUCGCUUAGAGUGCUGGUUGGGUUUCUGUCUGCAGUCUUCGUCGCGGACUCCAUUUUUUUCCUUGUAGUCUAUCGCCCAUUCGAGGCUCGUGCCACGGGCUUCAAGCCCAACUACCCCCAUCCUCCGCUUUCGCCGGCGGAUCGGUCUGUCAUCUUUCAUAAGUGUCUGGAUAACGUUCCGGACCCGGUGCACUACAUUCGCCGCUGGUUCCUCGGUGCAGAUUUGGCCGAAAUCCGCCGCGACAACGUGCGGGACUUUGUUGCCUGGGCCUUCUUCGACAGAGAUAUCAACGAUGCUACGCGCGGACGGCUGUCAGCCCAGGAGGAAGCAGAGAUGGAAGGAUAUCUGGACGAAAUCAAUCGACGAUUGAUCCUCGCCUCGCAGGAAUACGGUGGGGACGAAGAUGGCGCUGCUGGUCUACGACCUGGGCGAGGCACGGCCAAGUCGAUGCGUCCCACGAUCGACAAGGUGCCAAUGUGUUUCCGCAGCAUUAUAUGGUAUAUUAUCGUCAUGUUUGUCGACAUGUUUACCCACUUCAUGCUUCUUUGGAAGGGCUUCACAUACUUUUCCACGCCCAUCACGACGAACUUAACCAUCUUUCCGCCGCGGCCACAGCUCUUGAUGCCUCCUGGGCUUGUUCACCGUCAGCCUUCCCCUGCUGCUGGAACUGCCUACUGGUAUCGACCUCAUACAUCGCGGAGUGCGCGACCAGUGGUCUUUGUCCAUGGAGUUGGGAUAGGGCUGCUGCCGUAUCUCAAUUUCCUCUCGGAGGUGUCAGAUGGUAUACCUGGCGAGAAGGAUGGUGACGGCCAGGUAGGGGUCAUAGCCAUUGAAAUACUUCCUGUGUGCAUGCGGCUCGCCGGCCAACCCAUGGAUAAGGAGCAUUUCCUGGCCCAAGUCGUUGCCAUUCUGGACCGCCAUGGCUGGCUGGACGAUGACUUCACACUUGUGUCCCACUCGUACGGCUCUGUUCUGACAACGCAAAUAUUGCACUCGCCGAUACUCGGGCCUCGGAUCGACGGAAUAGUAUUGAUCGAUCCGGUCAGCUUGUUGUUACACCUGCCGGACGUGGCUUACAAUUUCACUCGGAGGACUCCCCGGCGAGCUAACGAAGUUCAGCUUUGGUUUGCCGCCUCCAUGGACCCUGGAACUGCUCUGGUGCUUGGCAGACAUUUCUUUUGGCAGCAAAAUAUUGUUUGGAAAGAACAACUUCUGCAAAGAUUCCCAGAUAAGCCUGAUCAGAAGAAGCGGAUGGAAUCGGACAAAAGUCCGCUUCACAAGAACAACGUCGAAUACGGGGAUUCAAAUCCGGCCCUGCCUUGCAACGGGGAUCAUGCGCCUACCAGACGCAAGGUCGCUGUGGCACUGGCAGGCUGGGAUAUCAUUACUGAUACGAGGCACGUAGUGGAAUACCUCUUUUGCGAGGGCGAGCUCGCAAAGUCCACAGAACGUCACCAGGAUGAUGUCGACAAGUUGAUGAGUGGAUCCGUCGUGGGUGGCAGCAGUGGGUUCACACACUCGGGCAUCGAGGUUCUCUACUUUCACACGUCUGACCACGCUGAUUGUUUUGAUAGAGUGGCGGAGCGGUAUCGAGUCGUGAGGACUGUAAGAAGGUGCAGUAGAAGGUAGCCAGUCCGUAAUUGCACAGACAAGCUUGUCAAACCCAUGUCCUAUCUUUGCGAUUGGCUCUUGGGAAGUAUACUUGAUAUGCCUGCCGCCAGUCAUGCUGCAGCCUCGGCUCCACCCCAGCCGGUCAGGGGCACUACUAUCGGGGCAGAUCCGCCCUGUAUCACGACCCAUACGACUUGUUCGUCCGUCUUGUUGAUCAGUUGAUGCUCCGUCCAAGCUGGAAUGAAUGCAAAGUCACCGGGCUCCAGCUCCUGCUGCCUUGGUGGUUGCUCCUCGUCGUCACUGUAGUUCUCGGGAGGGCUUGUGGCGAGUAUGCCUUUACCCGAAGCUGCAUAGAUGAUGGUAUCUUGGAUAAAACAAAAUAAUCAGCUCAUGUUAGUUGAAACAAGACUGAUUUUUCUUUUCGUCCGAAAAAAAGAAGGGAACGCAAACAGGUAGGCCGGGCGGGUAUCAGGAAGGUGGGCAGGAAAAUAUGCAGGGAAGUACGCAGGGCAGGUGCCCGGAGGACAUGUAAGGCAAAAGGGACGAAAAAUUCGAAUAGUUGCCCCUAUCUUACCAUGUUCGCUGUUAUGAUGCACAGCGGAAUCGGAAUGUGGCCCUGCAAACAUGACUAUUUCGAGACGUCAGCAUCAAA